GCACCGCAGCACGUUAAUGUUUCCGCUUUUACACAAGCCCUCAUUCACCAUGAAGGCUACGCCACCUCUGAUCCCCUUCUUGGGCUCCUCGAAAGUUCUGUCAGAACGAUAAACAGAGAGGUUCUCCAUCAGUUUCAGGCUUUAUACCACACACUGAAAGAUGCAAGGAGUUAACAGAAACGUGUUAAAGAGGAGGGGAUUCUGGGUGUUUUAAUACAAGGUGAUAUUCUUACACUUCCUUGACAUACACCACAUCUAAGUGAGAUUAUCUACUGUAAAACCCUUAUUUAAAUGUGCUGGAAACUCAAAAUGAAGAUCUGCUAUGUUGUGCACAUCUGCAUGUUUCUGACAGGGAUUAGAGUUUCAUCAACAGACCUUAUUAAGCAUGGAUUCAGUGGAAACAAUGUUAUCAUUUCAUGUGGCCACAGCUGGGCUUCAACCAACAUAAAGUACUUCUGCAGAGAUCCGUGUAAUAAUAAAGAUAUUCGUGUAUCAUCUAAUCGGUCACCUAACGGGAGAUUCAGACUGACAGAUUUUGGGACAGGAACGUUCACAGUGACCAUCACUGAUCUACAGGUGUCAGACUCUGGGGUUUACUGGUGUGGAGUGAGCAGAUAUGGUAGAGACACAUAUAUAAAGGUCAAUCUGAGAGUAUUUAAAGCCAUUAUACAUACUUCAACUGUAUUAGACACAACGCAUCCAUUUUCAACACCACAACCAGAAACUCCAUUUUCCACAUCAAGCAGAACCUCCAGAUUCUCAACCCCUGACGACAUCACAACCUCAUCCUCACUGACGGCCAUUACACCAACCUACACCACAUUAGACACAACUCAACCGCUUUCUACAGCAACAUCACAACCAGAAUCUCAAUUUGCCACAUCAAGCAGAACCUCCAAAUACUCAACAUCUAAUGACAUCACAACCUCAUCCUCAAUGACGGACUGGACUUUACAGAAGAAAACAAGGGGAUUAGUGCUCAAAAUGAAGCUCUUUUGCAUUCUCUCAUACUGGAUAUUUCUGUCAGAAAUCAAGACUUCAACUACUGAUGAUAUUUCUAUCCAUGGAUACACAGGACAAUACAUCAUAGUUUCAUGCUCUCAUGCUUAUGCCCUGAACAACAGAAAGUAUUUCUGCAGAGAUCCAUGUAAAAACCGAGAUAUUCUAGUUUCAUCUGAUCGUUCACCUAACAGGAGAUUUGCACUGAAGGAUUAUGGGACAGGAACGUUCACAGUGACCAUCACUGAUCUACAGGAGUCAGACUCUGGGAUUUACUGGUGUGGAGUGGACAGAGUCGGUAAAGACACAUAUCAUGAAGUCAAUCUGAAAGUAUCUAAAGGUAAAAGAAAUAUAAGUAAUGCACUGCCAACUUACUUUCAAUUUAACAAAUUAACACACAAACAGCAUCUUUAA